UGCUUGCUCAGAGGACUCAUUUACAUUUCAAUGGACAUAAUAGGAAUUCCUGGUAAUCUCAUUAUUAUAUUUGCCUUUCUUCACACCUUUCACGCUCAUGGUAGAGUCACCACAGGAGAAGUUAUCCUUAGUAAACUGGCUUUUUCUAAUCUGCUGGUCAUAUUUACAUGGGGCUUUCCCAUCACUCUACAAGCUAUCGGAAUCUAUAAGGUGUAUGGUGACUUAUCCUGUCAAAUAAGCCUUUACUUUUACUGCGUAGGGAGAGCUAUGUCUAUCAGCAUAACCUCUUUGCUGGGUUGUUUCCAAUGUAUUUCUAUUGCCCCAUCUAAUCAACGUUGGAUGAGCGCAAAGAAGAAAAUUCUUGAUCACCUAUAUACAAUAAUGCUCUUUAUCUGGACCUUCAAUCUGAUCAUAAGUAGCACUCGGCUGGCUUAUUCCACAUCUUCUCUCAGGAACUCAACUUCUAGAUAUAUUAUGAGUUAUAACUUCUGCUUUGUGAUCUUCCCAAAUAAUGUGCUCUAUUUAGGCAAUGGGGUGAUUUAUGUAGUUCGUGAUUUGUUCUUUUUGAGUCUGAUGAUGUUAUCCAGUGGUUACCUUUUGUAUGUUUUCAACCAACAUGGAAAACAGGUGAAAUGUAUUCUCAGCUUGAAAACUAAGCAUGCUGAGAUACGUGCAGCCAAAGCUGUCUUUACAUUAAUGAUGAUGUACAUUGUUAGUUUUGGAUUAGAUAACAUGUUUUGGAUUCUUACUCUCUGCACGUUUCCUCUUUCCCCCCGCUUUACUGACGCACGCAUCUUUUUUGAUUCUUGUUACUCUGCUAUUAGCCCUGUCGUGAUCAUUUUAACCAACAAGAAAAUCCAAAUGGGUCUUCAAUGCUCAAAGAAGAAAAAGGAUUUUCAGGCAGUUAAGUCUCUCUCUAAUAAGGAGGCUCCUACCACCAUUUGCACACACCCUGCAGAUGCUGGGAGGAGCACCGCCAGUCCAGUUGCUGAUAUUGAGAUUGAGGAUGUUUCUGUAGAACUACACCAGGAUGAAGAGGAUAUGGGUGUAGCUGGCGCUGCAGAGGAAGUUGACAAUGAAGAUUCUGAUGGUGAUAUGGUUUGCUUGAAUAAGUCACCAGUGGAGACAGUUGUUGUCCAUGGGAUGAGAAAGCCUAUUGUCAUGCCUGGGCAAAAUACGAAAAAAACAACCUCUUCGGAGUGGAAUUAUUUCUUCAUAAAUCCGGACAACAGGUGUUAA